CGUAAGAAAAAGUUGUAAACACGUCCACAAUUGUUCUAGGCACUUUUUGACAUUUUUUUUUCAAAAAUUAUCAAAUCUCCGUAAUUUCUCCAAUGUUUAUCUAAAUUUCAAGUGAUAAAAAUAAAAAUUCAAAAUAAAAUUCUCGUUCUUCAGAAUAAUCAGAAUAUUCUGGAUUAAUUUCGUGAAUCAUAAAGAGCGAAGAAAGAACUUUCACUUUCUCCUAUGGAAAGUAAAGAAAACUCGCGAAUGAAACAAAGAGUGAAUACAAAGAGCAAAUAAGACGCAUCAAGGAAGUUCAUAGCACUGUUGAUUCAUGGCUGAUGAAUCAGAAACAGGUUGUUUUCCAUAAAAAUUGUGCACCAGUUUGGUAAAAGCAAGUUCAGGAAACAACCACGUGUUUUACGGUGUAGCUGCUCUCGUGGGUGUUCUUUUUAUAGCAGGCGUUUGACCUCCUUUUCUGCAUCGAGAAAUGAGAGGAUUAGUCAACUGGUAAAUCUUUCCGAGUGCACACCAUGUCACUGCUGCUAAUUAUCCUUUGAGCUCAAGAUUACUCGCGGAAAUCAUGCCUGACAGGAAGAAAGUUUUGGUUGGAGCUGGUGUUCUAUCAGGCUUCACUCUGUGCUGCCUUUUAUUUACUCGCAGACUUCUGAAGCCCACUGCAAUUUUAGGUUUCAUCCCAGCAAUUUUGUAUCGUAAUCAUAAAAUGGAAAGUGAGGACGACCAAAAAAUAAAUUCUGGCAAGGAGGCUGGACCUUCUGUAGAAUAUUCAUCACAGGUGUCGACGGAAAGUGAUGACGACAACCUCAAAAAGGCACAAAAUUUUAUGUUGGGUGGCUUGGCUGGAGCAUCACCGCCAAAAUUCGUGUCUCUGGAGGAAAUAAUGAAGGCAACAAAUGGACUGAAAAAUAUGGCCCUCGCACAUGAAAUUGCCGUCGAUAAAAAUUUUAAACUUCACAAAUUGGAACCAGACGACAGCACCUUGCACAAAAAAGUCAAGGAAAUAAUGCACAAGGCUUUUUGGACUCUUCUGGAAGAGCAACUCAAAGAAGAUCCACCAAAUUAUACUCAAGCUUUGGUCUUGCUGAAGGAAAUCAAAGAGACUCUGGACGAACUGGUCCUGCCUCAUCACAAGAAAAUUCGUGAAAACAUUAAUGAAGUCUUGGACGUGGAUUUGAUAAAACAGCAAGCGGAGAAGGGAGUCUUGGAUUUUCAGCAUUAUGCCGGCUAUGUGAUAUCAAUGAUGAGCAAAGUCUGUGCGCCAGUCAGAGACGAGAAAAUCAAGGAACUGAGUCAGUCCACUGAUGUGAUCGAAACGUUUAAAGGCAUCAUGGAAAUUCUCCAACUGAUGCGACUCGAUCUGGCGAAUUUCACGAUCACGAUGAUGAGGCCGAACAUCGUUGCCUCGAGUAUCGAGUACGAGAAAACGAAAUUCGCCGAGUUUCUCAAAGUCCAAGCGGACGGACUUCGAUACACGAGAGAGUGGAUUUUGAAGCAUCUGGACGAUGAAAAAAUUGCGGCGGGAGUUGCGGAUCCAAAUUCUGUUAAGCAAAUUACCCACAAUCUUUUAGCCGAAGCUUAUUUGGAUCUUUUACAGUUUGACUUCACUCCAAAUGCAGAGACUCUGAUGCUAGAUCAGGGCAGACUUUUGGAAUUGCGAGACAAGACGAAUCGAAUGACGAUCAUCAGUUCAGUUCUUUUGUUAGUGAAUAACACAGUCGGAGCUGCAAUUCAUGGAAUAGCGAGUUUCAAAAAAACAAUCAAGGAACAUCUAACUGUUCUUUUAGAGACCGUAAAUUCGAAUAAGGAUUUGGAAGUGGCAAUGCCAAAUGUUUUGGUGCAAGUUAAAGCGGACGUAAAAGCAACACUCGAAGAAAUCGGUGCGCCUCCAUUAACGCCGGAAAUUGAAACAAUUCUCGAGGGACAGAUUCUUGAUCUUGUGAAACCUGAUCAUAAAAUUAGAUACCUCGUCAAUCUGAGAAUUCGACAGUUUUUGCAAAAACUGAUUCUCUCGCAGUCAGUGACUCCUCAGCAAAUUCCUCCAGGACUUUCGUCUCUUCAAGAAGAACUAGCAGCAAUUUCCGCCCAAUUUUUGAUCCUCGUUUCCCACAACCGAAGCGUUUUUGGGGAAUAUUAUCAGGACAUUGUGUCGGAAGCGAUUCGUCUCAAAACCGGAAAUAAAUCUGAGGCCAUGGAGGAAUAAAGCAGAUUGUAUUUAUAAAAAAAAAACAUCCUUCAAAUUUCCAUCGGAAUUUUAGAGAAAUUAAAUCACAAAAGUUUGAGAAAUGUCAAUGUUUUGGCAUAAAUUGAGUGCAAUUCCACUGAAUUUAAAAACGAAAAAUAAUCAUUGAAAGAACCGACGUUUUUUUGUAAAAUAGGUUUUAUUUAUUAUACGCACUAACAAGUACUCUAGUAAUGAGUUAUUUACAAAAUAGAUGUGGUAUUAUUAAUUUAGCAAUAGUUCUCGGCAUUUUUACUCUAAUUUUCAUCAGAGAAAGACCUUCAAUUUUUUUCCCCCUUUUUUUUGAAAAACAGGAAAUGAAAAUAUUUUGGUCAUUUUCGUAAAUGAAAAAGCAUUUCUUUUAUAAAAAUCAGCCUAGAAAAUUCUCGACUGGAAAUGUUGUAUUCGUAUGACAAGAUUGUGGAAUAACAACUUUUAAUUUAUCAAGUACUUGGUACUUAAUAAACAAUUUUUGUACAUUGCAAAAUGAUUGUAAUAAAUUAGAUUAGAAAUA